CGUAAGCGAUACAUUUUCCGAGCAUCUAUUCAAGCGGAGCUGCAGAUUAAACAGCUGUUUAUGAGCACUGUUUACUCAUCUUGCAUAUUUAAGCGAAACAUUUAUUAACUCAAUAAAUAUUAACAAUAUUAACUCAAUACAAUCGCCAGGCUCACGGAAUCUCCGACAUCAAUAUUUGAAUAAAUAACUUGAAUCGCUUACUGGCCAUGUGGGAUUUCCUUAUGUAGGGUGUUGGUAUCGCGGUUUUCUGGGAAAUUUAUAGCUCGCCAUUAGCGUAUAUUCGCAAUUUUUGUUGUUUGCCUGUUGCACAUGAAUGCAAAGUUAAAUGGAUAAUUCUUAUAACUGAUUUAUAACCAAACAUAUCUUGACUCCCAUAAAUAGGAAAAAUGACUUUAUCAUUUUUAUUCUGUUGAACACGAAAGCAGACAUUUUAAGAAUGUACAGCAAACAUGUCUGGGGCACUUUUGACUAGCAUUGUUUUUUUCCUACUGUGGGUGUCGAGAUCUGUCUGGUUAUAAGCAUUCUUCCAAAUAUCUUUCUCUGUGUUCAUUAGAACAAAGACAUGUUUACACACACAACUCGAAGGUGAGUAAAUGAUGACAAAAUUAAAUGUUUGGGUGAAGCCUCCCUGUAAAGCGUCUUAAAGAAUUGGGUCUGGUCAUGUUCAUCAUUGUUUCGCAUAAUUUUAACUCCUGUGUAAAAGCACAUACGCCGCUUUAGAGACACAUGAACAGUCUGUGUUAGAGCAAAUUUUGGUUGUGUGCCGGUUUCUGUGCCGUCUUUGCUCCGUAGAGUCCCGUUGAGCGUUUGGACCCGGAAACAGUAUCAGCCUUCCAUAUAUGGUGCAGCAUGACGUCAGGCUCACAAGCGGCUGGCGCACCCGCCUACUUCAGGACCCGGAAGUUGCGCAGCAGUUCUACGCUCAUAUGUACCUUUACGCACACACACAGUCGAGGUGAACUUCAAACUGCUUUGCACAACUCGCGCUGUUUUGGUUUAAUUUUGCACAUCUUCAUUACAAAAAGUCCUGUUUACAGAGAGUCAUGGAAAGGAAGUGGGCAUACAGCAGACGCAAUAACAUAAGGAGAAGGGCUGUGAAAAUAGUCAACAAGGUGUUUGAUUCUUUGGAAAAGGAGAUUCAUUCUCAGACCGAUAGAAGAGUGGAAGAGAACUGUAGUGUUCAGUCAACGUGGCAUCAAGAAACCACCAGUCCACAGAGAAAAAGCCCAGCAUGCUGCGAUCCAUUCAUAACAUCGCUUCUUCACGAGGUCUUAAGAAACCAGGAGAUUCUUAUGGAGCAACAGAGGAGCAUCAUGAUGAUGGUUCAGGAUCUCCAAGCAAACAACGACAGCGAGAUCGCAGAUGAGGACAAUAUAAGUCAAAGGCACUUUCCAAUUGAAGACCUCAAGGCAUUAACCGAGCUUGAAAAUGAACUUCAAUCGUGUCCGGAAACGAGGCGAAAAAUGGUACAUGAGUUUGGAUUGUUGGGUGGAGUUGACGUGAAGGACACGGUGUGGCGGAUCAUGAAGCAGGCUAUCAAAAACGACUUUGCCAAAACGGUGAACUGGAGAGGUGUUAAUGGGAAAACACCGUUCCAAAAUCUAGAGUUUAAAAAUGUGGUGAUUGAGGCUGUAAGAAGAAAUCCCUCAUGCGCACAGACGACCGAGCUGGAGGUGGAAAAUGUGAUCAAACGCUGGUUUCAUCUCGCCGGCGAUCGUGAGGGUGGAAGAAAAAAACGAUCACAGUUGCACAGUAUUAAAGUAGAAAACUCAUUUUAAGUUCUUGUCAAUUUCAACUAUAACUAACAAGACGACACUUGCACUCGACAUUUUAACUUUGUCACUGGAUGUGUUCAGUGUCUAAACAUUUUGUUCACACUCCUUUGCACAUCUUUAUAUUUCCCCAUCUGUAAAUAUACAUUUUUAUUUAAUCACAUUUGUUUUCUUCGACAUUUUUUUAUUUUUAUGCAUUAGAUUUAUUUUUCCGUCAUGUGGCAGAAAAUUACACCUACUCGUUUUUUUUCAUAAAACAUUUUAUACCUAAAUGUAAUACUUGAUGCUUCUUGUUUUAUUCCAAAAUAUAUAGCUUUAAGUUUUUGUCAAGUUCGUCAUUUAUUUUAGUCCAUUUUGCUUUCACAUGAUGACAUAUUCUCUUUGUAAAAUUAGUCAAAGUACAUCAAACUUUUCUUGCAAAAAGUUAGAUAUUAAAUCUGGUGUUUUUAGCAUUACAGACCAAGAUCAAUCAAAUAAGUGUUUCUUACAUAAAAAUGAAGAUAAAAUAUUCCUAUUUCAAAUAAACAAUAUACUGACAUUUGACAGGUUUUUUGGAAUGGGAGGUUACAAAGUAACAGCCUUGUUUUCAUGAUGGGUUAGUAAAUUGUCUACAUUUUUGCUACAUGUGUUGUGAAUUCUUUAGACUAUUCCUUGUUUUAGAGACUUGAGUAAAUAUUGAUGGAUUAAACUAUUACACAUAGUAAGACUAGUCAGACUUAGACAAGUUAGAUGAUAAUGUGUAAUUGAUGAGUUACAAAAUCAAUGAGUUUUGUCUGAAAUAAAUUUUAGCAAUAACCACCUGCCUUAAUAGUAAACUGUUGUUAUGAGGAAAGGUGUGUGCAUGUUUAUUUACUGAGAAAGACGCGUCUAGAAAAGGAUUCUCAGUAUGAAAAUGUUCUUGCCGUUAUUGCAACAUUGAGGAACCCAGUUAACUGGUUUAAAUGAACCCAGAAUACUGUCUGCCCUUGAGUGAAUUUAUGUUUUUUUUGUUUAAGUUUUUAAAGUGCUUGAAUGUUUUAUUUUCUGACACCUUUCCUCUUUUACUUUUGACUUGAUAAUUAUCUUACUUAUGUGGCUUCCUUUGUACCUUUAUGUAGCAGCAUGAAUCCUAAUUUUAAAGUCUUCUUUUUUGUAUAAGCAACGUAAGGCCCAAAUAAAAAGAUGGCAAAAUCAAAUGCCCUGAAUUCUGCCGUGUGAUUAUUACAGUCAGUAACAAAGGGUGAUUGAUAAAAGGUAAUUUCAAAUUAUAUUUGCAAGAUAUUUAAUACCAUUCAACACACGUUGUUUAAUCACUAAAAUAAUUACUUUUAUUAUCUGAUUUUCAUUCAUUUUUGGAAUAAGGUUAAUGUUUUGUGACAUUGGUUAAACUGGGAAAGCAUCAACACUGUAAUACUUUACUUGUCCACUGGGAGGCAAACACGUGACGUUAAUAAAGCUGUUUUAACAUUGUACAUGCGCCCGUUCAGUGCGUUCUACCGUUUCUGUGUUACGUUUCUGAGUUUCUUUUGCAUUCUCAUUUUAUCAUGUGUGAUAACAACAGUUUAUUUGUGUUAUACUGGGGAAUUAAAUCCGUGUUUCUGAUUGGAGAAGCACUACCUCAUUAUAAUAUCAACUCCUCCUCCUCCAGACUUUAUUGAAGAAGAUUUUGCUGUUUAAAAUUAACAUAGAGCUCACAAAUGCUCAUAAGAAAGUUCGAAUCCUGGUGAAAUGUUACAUAUGGACCAUUUGAGAUGAAAAUAACAACUAUGACAUCAGUUUACCGCCAUUCUAUGUGCUGUCUCAAAGCAUGUGGGGUUUACUUCAAACCCAUUGUAGGUAUCGCUUCUCGGCCUUUUGGCUAAGAUCAAGUGUAGUAUCUGUUCUUAUCAGUUUAAUAUCUGAUACGUCCCCUACCCGGGGACCAUAUAUUAAAUUGAUUUUUGGAACUGGGAGAUGGAAUAGGUGCUUGCUCCGACCACUCCACGCAUCGACCCGGUAUUGCAGUACUUCCGGGAACG